ACACGCGCCGGCGUACCGUGCGUCUCGUUUGCGAUUUUUCCCCGGCUGCUCGACCGCCUCCGGUGGAUGGAUUUAGGAGCCACGCGACCGACACGCUGGGCGCCAGGGAGGAUCCCGGUCGCGUUGUGUUCUGUUUUCCCUCCCGAGAGAGACCCGUGCGCGGCGGCGAUGAUCCGCGUCGCGGAUGUCCGCGCGUAGAGCCGGGCGCUCCGCGGCUCGCAGCCUCUGUCGGCGCGACCCACGCGACCGUAGGUCUCCUCCUUGCUCGCGUCUCAGCAGCGGGCCGCGAUGACGGCCGAGACCCCGAAGGUGGAGUUCGCCCUCGGCAGCGAGGUCUCGCCCGGUCGCUUCUUCAAGAGCGCGUUCGCGCGAAAUUUCAUCGGCAGCGGCCGUGACUGCAAGUCCCUGGAUUACGAGCUGCUCGACAACGUGGGGAGCGAGGAGGAGCGCAACGCGAACGGCAACAACAAUGCGCGGUGCAACAACAAUUUCUUCUCGCUCGUGAACUUCGCGAACGGCGGCGGCGGCGGCGACGCCGCUCUCUGGGAGCAACCGAAGCCGAAGGAGGCGGCACAGCCGGCCGCGGAUGCGAAUGAAUUGGAGAAACUUCGAAAGCAAUGCCAGUCGUUGAAGAAGGAAAACCGGAGGUUGCAGAGCGCCUUCCUGCAGAACGUCUUUCUUCAAGCGCGAGUCGACACGCUCCAAUGGCAGGUCAAACAGGGAUGCGCUUGUAUUUCGCAGGUCGAGUCGAGCAGGCAAAUGUAUCGCUCUACGAUGGAACAGGUCGCUCAUUUCUUGGGCCGGGCUCACCGGAGCCUGGAGAUCCUGCACGCCAAGGAGAACCCCAAGGAUAAGAGACGCGUGCCGCGUAGCCGUAGCGUGCACACGGUAGUGCACGGGGACCUGUCGCCGAAUCGCGGGACCGCGACACCGUCGCCCUCGUCGUCGACAUCCUCGCCGUUCACGCGCGCCAAAUCGGUCACGCAGAUCGGCUCGCCGAGUGCUACCUGCUUCCGUGAGUUCACCUGGUCGGUUCUGCGAAGAAACGACCCGGUGCACUGCACGUCGCCACGUAUCAAGUCACCGUCGGAUCUCAUUAAGACGUACGACGUUCCUGAUAACGUCGUCUAUCGCGAACCCAAGCAGACGGAAUUAAACCCGGACGAGAUACCGCCGGAGAAGCUGUCGCAGGAGGCGUUUAGGUUACUGAGGACUGUCGAGUCUUUGUUAUCGAUGCGAGAGCCCGACUUGGCGAGAAUGACGCCGGUCGAGGAAAACGGAUCCUCUCCUUCCCCUACGGUGGACCACCAUCGCCAUCACGACGCGUCUUUCUCGCUACCGAGCGGUAACUUCGCCAAUUCAACAACCUUGCAAGAAGCCGCCGCCUACUCCGGGAGUUCCGGUAGCAGCCGUGGAAACGAAUCGAGCGGCGGGCAGCAGGGCGACAGUAGAUCACCGAGCCUCGUCAAGACGUCCGUUACCGAGUUUACUCGAAAUCUGCAAAACUUCGCACCGAGUGUGAGAAGAUCGCCCGACACUGCCUCCUGGAACUCCAGUAGCAGUAAGACGACCGAGGAGGAGGACAUAGUCGCGUCAUCGAACGGAGCCACGUCCAACGGUACACCGAUCUCCACGCUCAGCAGGGCUGCGAAACGGUUAGAGAAGAAGGAAUCUACGGGAUUAGUCGGCAAAUCUAAAGUAAAGCCGGCGAGCAGUCCAGUGAGCAGCGCCGAGGGCGAAAGCGGGUUUUUCUCAAUCAGCUCGUUCCAGGAGGUAGGUCUGCCUGCUUCGGCAGUCCUACCGAUCACGCCGGUCAAGGGCUGCCACACCGAGGUGGGCCUGCCGGAGGUGCCUUUGGACAAGACCAGGCACCGACGGUGGUCCUCCACGCCCGCGGAGAUCCAGGCGCUCUUCAAGCAGCAUCGAGCGAGCUUCGGCGGUACACCGCAAACCGCCACCGAGUCCAUCAGCGUCUGUUGGGUUUGAGGGUGUCGCGGACACCGCCGCCGAUUAUGAUCCCACCGCAAGCGAUCGUCAUGGUUUCAGUUGGAUCUCGCAGACUAGACUAGCUCGGGCCGCGAGCGCGAUUUUCAGGAAUGAGAUACUUAGAUAAGAAUAUCCAGGAAUUUUGUAAAUAACUUCUUACGCAAUCGCUUCUUUUGUUACGCUGAUAAAGUAUGUAGAGCCGUAGUACUGACGAAGCGCUCGAUAGAAACUGCGAUUCGUUCGAUUGUCUCGAUAAGAUGACUCGUGUGUACUUUGCUGAACUUUCUUACGAGAGAAGUAUCUGUUGGAAUGUGUUAACGGAUAGGCGGGGAGCGCAUGAAGAAAAUAAGGAAUUGAUAUACGCCCGCGUAACUGGGCGAGUUUCGUAGAUGAUGCGGCCAUUCUGUAAGUAUAGAAAAGAAGAAUAGCAUAAUCCUAUUUUGCAUCCAGCCAUAUCUCUUGUAGUUUCAUCGUUGGUACGAACCUCAUGCAUAUCGGUAUCGAUGAAACUUCUAUUCCCGUCUCUACAUACGCUCGUGUCGCGAUUAUCUCAAUUACUUCAUGUACGACGAUAAAUUUUGUUUGCCAGAAAUUUACGGGCAAAUUUAAGAAGCCUGAGUUAAGCACGUUUCCUGCGAUCGACAAUCGUUGAACAAUUAAGCGUUAUUUAUAAUAAAUUUAUUAUCUUUGAACUCGAGUCAAUUUGAUUCAAUUCGGAACGUAACUAAAGCGAGUUUAAUAAUUUAUACUAAUAUAUCGCGACGUAGUGUUCAAGACGAUUUAAUGUUAGUGACGAUUUAGAUUCGGAAGAACGCAAAAGCUAAAUUUUUCCAUCUUAAUCGAUGAAUUGGAGUCUGCUACAAAUACCUUCGUAACACUUUUUGUAUUAUAUUUCUGUGAGGCCCGAUCUACGAUGUGCUCUUUGCGUUUGGAGACAUUCGAUUUUGUAGCCAACAAAUACGUUUAAAAAUUUGUGCAACUUGACAACAAAUUGUAUAUUAUACAUUGUACAAUUGUACGCUUUACCGACAAAUCUUUUCAAGCGUUUUCAUUUGCUAAUACAAAAUAGAUUGUUUCCAGAGCACACUGUAGAUCAGGCUUUAGUCUCGUAUAUGUUAAAUAGCGGCGCAAAGUAUUUUCAACCCUGACUCCACCUGUUUGCAUCUAAUUGGAAUUGAUUAUUCGCACAACAAUUAUCUCGUUUAAUGCCGUUACACCGCGGUCGUGACGCGAUGCUCGAUUUUAGCAUUUUUUUCGACGAAACUGUAAUCGUUACACGACCAUAUACUCUAAUUCACGAGGACGACAUAUCUUUUAACGUAAUGAAACAGUAUGAUUUGAGACUAUCAUAGUUCUAGACUUUACAAUAUUGCGUUCUCUACAUAUUCCUCAUUGUGCGUAAUUUGUCAUUUUCAUUCGUGCGUAAUUAUAUAAUACAGCUGAAUAUCAAGCCAAAA